CACUGACCUAAUAAGGCCAUGCAGUGUGUGGGGGACCUAUAUAAAAGGCGCGGGCUCGCGGGGACUCUGCACGACGCCGGGGAGAGAAGUCAGCUGCGGUCCAGUGCCCACAAAGACGACCAUGGCAAAGGAGUGGGGCUACGCCAGCCACAACGGUCCUGACCACUGGCAUGAACUUUAUCCAAUUGCCAAGGGAGACAACCAGUCGCCCAUCGAACUGCAUACUAAAGACAUCAGGCACGACCCUUCUCUGCUGCCAUGGUCAGCAUCUUAUGAUCCUGGCUCUUGCAAGACCAUCUUGAACAACGGCAAGACCUGCAGAGUUGUGUUUGAUGAUACUUACGAUAGGUCAAUGCUGAGGGGUGGUCCUCUCACUGGACCCUACCGGCUUCGUCAAUUUCAUCUUCACUGGGGCACCUCGGAUGACCACGGCUCCGAGCACUCUGUGGAUGGAGUCAAGUAUGCUGCGGAGCUUCAUUUGGUUCACUGGAAUCCAAAGUAUAACACUUUUGGAGAAGCUCUCAAGCAGCCUGAUGGGAUAGCUGUGGUUGGCAUUUUUCUGAAGAUAGGACGUGAGAAAGGCGAAUUCCAGCUGUUCCUUGACGCACUGGACAAAGUUAAGACAAAGGGCAAGGAGGCUCCCUUCACAAAUUUCGACCCGUCCUGCCUGUUCCCCGCCUGCCGGGACUACUGGACCUACCACGGCUCCUUCACCACGCCGCCCUGUGAGGAGUGCAUUGUGUGGCUCCUGCUGAAGGAGCCUAUGACCGUGAGCUCUGACCAGAUGGCAAAGCUGAGGAGCCUCUUCUCCAGCGCUGAGAAUGAGCCCCCAGUGCCCCUGGUGGGGAAUUGGCGCCCUCCACAGCCUAUCAAGGGCAGGGUGGUGAGAGCCUCCUUCAAAUGAGGCUGCUGGAGCUUGCCCUCUUCAGGAAAGGAAACCUGCCAUUGGAGAGCUUGGCUCCUUGUCUCCUUUUGGUGUUCCUUACUCCAAGUAUAUUUCAGUUUUCCACACUCAUAGAGCAAUGAAUACAAGAGUGUAAUACCAAGAAACCAGCUCCUUUGACAAGAUGUAACAUGAACGCAUUUGGCCUUUGUAAUAGUCAACUUUCCUAUGAAAGUAGCAUUUCUAAUAAGGUUUCAAAGAAGAAGAAACAGGUGGAGGAGUAAGGAUCUGGAAAAAUGGGUAUUUGACACUAUUUUUCUGUCAUCUUAAAUUUCACAGAACUUCAGUUUUACUAUUGUCAUACUGUGAGUUGUCCAUCUUAAAGAAGUAAGGAGUAAUUCUAUAUGUAGGAGUAGAUGUGUAUGAGGAUCAUAUAGCAACUAAGCAUAAGCCAGAAAUUAAACUACUAUGGACGCAAACAAUUGAAAUGAUGCCUUUUAAACCUUAAAUAAAACCAACAAAAGGUCCGUCAUUUAUUACAGUUUUAGCUGCUGUAAAGAUUAUCUGGUUUUGAAUAUCAAUGAAAGGAAAACACAUUCAACUGGGCGUUUUAAAAACUUUGAUCUAGUAUUUGAAUUUCUUCUUCACAAAGGUGGCUGACUUUAUCCUAAUAUUUUUCUUUACCUGAAGGAGGGCCAUUUAUUUUUAAUUUUACUACUUUCUCUUUGCAUGCUUAUUAAAAUAAAAAUUGCCUCUGGUAUCUUUCUAACUUGAGGGUGGAACAAGAAUUCCUAGAACACAAAGGAGUGAAUGACGGCACUUGAGGUAAAAGCAGUUGUACUGAUCAUCAAAACUAAUAAAGAUGUGAAUGAAAAAGAAA